AACUCACAGUUUUUUGUAUGAGUGUUUCGAUAAAUGGACUCUGCGAAGACACUUCAAAAGCCGGCAACUUUUGAAGUGCUCCGCAGCACUUAACUACUAAACCCCCCAAACCCCCCCAAGACUUGCUGUCUUGCAAAAUCCUCUCCUUUACUUUUUGGGGUUUUCCCUCAGCUUUUCAGUUUUCCCCUCUCUCUCAAUCUCUAUCUACUGUACCCACCAUGUUUGCCCAAACCCUAGAUCUGUCCCCCUUCUAGGUAGCUUUUUUUCUUACUUGGGAAGUUAAAUAAAGCAAAAAGAAGAAAAGGGUCUUCAUUUUUUCGCCUUUUUUUGUUUUUUGGGGGUAGGGGGAGGUGGGGGGAUGAGUGGGACGUCAUCGACGUCGGUGGUGACGGUGGCUUCUGCAGGAGGGGGAGGGGUGGGGGAGGGGGUGGGGGUUGGUGCGGGUGGAGGGUGUUAUUAUCGGCCACCGUUCACGGCGGUGCAGUGGCAGGAGCUGGAGCAUCAAGCUAUGAUAUACAAGUAUUUAAAUGCUGGCUUACCUGUUCCUCCAGAGCUUGUUGUCCCUAUCCGCCGCAGCUUUGAAGCCCUUUCUUCUCGCUUCUUCCAUCAUCCUAGUUUGGGCUAUUGCUCCUACUAUGGGAAGAAAUUUGACCCAGAGCCAGGUAGGUGCAGGAGGACAGAUGGGAAGAAAUGGAGGUGUUCUAAAGAUGCUUAUCCGGACUCCAAGUAUUGUGAGCGGCACAUGCAUCGAGGCCGCAACCGUUCAAGAAAGCCUGUGGAAUCUCAUUCUGCUUCGCAGUCCUUGUCAACUGCGAUGCCACACAUGGCUGCUGGCAGCAGCAGCAGCAGUGGAAUCUUCCAAAAUAGUGGAACUGGAAGCUUCCACAAUAUGCCCAUGUAUUCUGUUGCUAACUCGGAGGGUCUGUAUUCCGGAAGCAAUGUAACAAAGUUUCAGCUUGAGCCUGUGUCAUAUGGGGGUGAUAAUAAAGAAUAUAGGUAUAUCCAUGGACUGACUCCUGAUGCAGAUCAGCAUAAUUUCUCUCCAGAAGCUUCCGGAAGUGUGGGAAGUCUUGGAGUAGGAUCUGAUGUAGGUAAUACAUGGCGUCUACUUCCAUCCCAAGUUCCAUCGAGCCCCAUGCUGAAAUCUAAAAGUGAUGCACAUACACUGGGUCACUCCUCCGAUCUGCAUAUUGCUCAUGCUUUUGAUCCCAUGAUGGAUGCUAGACUGUCGAAACAGCGGCAGCAACAUUGCUUCUUUGGCAGUGAGAUUGGUUCCCCUGGGCCAGGAAAGCAGGAGCCGCAUUCUAUGCGUCCUUUCUUCGAUGAGUGGCCUACGACUAAAGAAUCGUGGUCCAAUCUCGAUGAUGCUGGAUCAAACAAGAGUACAUUUUCUACAACCCAACUAUCUAUAUCCAUUCCUAUGGCUCACGCUGAAUUUUCUUCAAAGAAUUCUCGUUCCCCAGAUGGUGAGGAAUUCUCUUCUUGGACAAAACAUGACCUGCCACGUCUAUGAUUCCUUACUGAAGUCUUGUAUCGUUCUGAUCAUGCAAAUUCUUAGAACUCCCUUUAUUUGUGUUGCUCGCAGAUGCUUGAGGAAGCUGUCUCUCAGAAUAACUCCAAUCAACUGAUGAUGAUGAUGUUUUUUGUGUACUAUUUACUUGGUUUAUGGUUCAACACCUUUGUCUUGCGUUGACUUCAUGUCACCCCUUUGGUUGGCUACCGACAUUCUCUGAAAAGGAAAGUAGGUUUGUUGUAAAAUGAAAUACAUGCAAAGUUUCGGAUCCAGAAUAAAAGCAUUUUAUGGCAGUUUUUUCCCAGAAUGUGUUUCAUUCCUUCAGUUCCUGUUUUGCUGGUUAUUUGCCAAAAUUAUUAGCAAAAGGCCAAACGUGUUGGCACUGAUCUUGAAAUGUCAGGUCCAGUCUUGAGCAGCAAAUCAUAACAUGCAACUGCUAAAUUUGAUUAGUACAGUGUUUCUUGA